UUGUUUAACCAUAACGGGUAAUCAGUUAACUAAGUAUUUUCUUAACAGUCGGUAUUAGUUAGUUUUUGUUGUGAGCAUUACACAUUUAUUUAAACCCAUUCCAUCAUCCCAAUAAUUCCAUCAUCCACAAGAACCAAAGUUCAUUUUCCAGUUUCAUACUCUCUUCUAUUAAUUAAUUUCAUUGUCUUGCAAUCAUAGUGAAGACGAUGAGUUCCUCUGGAAUAGAGAAAGGUGUUGUCACUGCAGAAGCCGAGGCGCCGAGGGGGAAUAGAAGCCGGUUUGCUUUUGCAUGUGCAAUCUUAGCCUCCAUGACUUCAAUCAUCCUUGGUUACGACAUUGGAGUGAUGAGUGGAGCUGCAAUUUUUAUAAAAGAAGAUUUGAAACUGUCAGACGUACAGCUUGAGAUUCUCAUGGGAAUUUUAAACAUCUACUCCCUGGUAGGUUCAGGCGCCGCGGGGAGAACUUCUGAUUGGAUCGGGAGACGAUACACCAUAGUGUUGGCAGGAGCCUUCUUCUUUUGUGGUGCCCUUCUCAUGGGGUUUGCCACAAAUUAUCCUUUCAUUAUGGUUGGCCGUUUUGUAGCUGGUAUUGGCGUCGGUUAUGCUAUGAUGAUCGCACCGGUUUACACGGCUGAAGUUGCUCCUGCUACUUCUCGUGGUUUUCUCAGCUCUUUCCCUGAGAUAUUUAUCAACAUUGGUAUACUUCUUGGGUACGUAUCGAACUACUUUUUCGCCAAGCUUCCCGUGCAUAUUGGGUGGAGAUUCAUGUUAGGUGUCGGAGCGAUUCCCUCAGUGUGCCUAGCCAUCGGAGUGUUGGCAAUGCCCGAGUCUCCGAGAUGGCUAGUCCUCCAGGGUCGCCUUGGGGAUGCUUUUAAAGUCCUCGACAAAACCUCAAACACCAAAGAAGAAGCCAUCUCUAGACUCAAUGACAUCAAACGGGCUGCCGGAAUUCCCGAGGACAUGACAGACGAUGUUAUAGUUGUUCCCAACAGGAAGAGUGCCGGAAAAGGCGUGUGGAAGGAUCUUCUUGUCCGGCCAACCCCUGCUGUCCGACAUAUCCUAAUAGCAUGUCUCGGUAUCCAUUUCGCUCAGCAAGCCUCCGGAAUUGACGCGGUCGUCCUUUACUCUCCGACCAUCUUCCAAAAGGCUGGACUGAAAUCCAAGAAUGACCAGCUCUUGGCAACUGUCGCUGUUGGAAUUGUCAAAACACUCUUUAUCGUUGUAGGGACUUGCGUGGUCGACCGGUUUGGACGCCGUGCCUUGUUGCUCACGAGUAUGGGCGGAAUGUUUCUUUCAUUGACCGCGCUUGGGACUAGUCUUACAGUCAUCGACAGAAACCCAGGACACACGCUCAAGUGGGCUAUUGUGCUUAGCGUUACAAUGGUAAUGACGUUUGUAGCAACAUUCUCAAUAGGUGCCGGCCCAGUGACGUGGGUCUACUGCUCAGAGAUAUUCCCUGUGAGGCUAAGAGCUCAAGGGGCAAGUUUGGGAGUGAUGUUGAAUAGAUUAAUGAGUGGUAUUAUCGGAAUGACAUUCCUAUCGCUUUCUAAAGGUCUAACCAUCGGUGGUGCAUUCCUUCUCUUUGCCGGAGUUGCUGCUGCUGCAUGGGUCUUCUUCUUUACUUUCCUUCCAGAGACACGAGGUAUACCUUUGGAAGAGAUGGAGAGUCUUUUCGGGAGCUACACUGCAAACAAGAAGAAGAAUGUUACAAAGGAAGGUAAAGAAGUGGUUGAGAAACACUGAUAAGAAAUAAUGAAAUAUAUUGUUGUGAAUUGGGGAAAUUUCAUUACAAAGAAAAGAAAAUUGCUUUAAUAAUGUAAGUUUCCAUCUAGCUCAACUUGUUAACUAAGCUCAACUUUAUUUUGAUGAGAAUGUCAAUUCAACCUACCUGAUGCUAUUUCUUUAAUUGACAAGAACGUAAAAACCUUACAAAGAUAUAUUCAUCACACCUAGGGGAAAACGUUCUUCAAUAGACUCGUCGCUUUUUAUUUUCUAAUAAACAA